UCAAUUUCAAAACAAGUUGUCCAACUAAUGCACUCAUCUACAAGGCCCAAAACCCCAACGAACUACUAAGAUUGAUAUUGAUGAAUAGACCUGCAUGUCGACUUUAUCAAAUACUUUUGGAACACUUUAAGCCGUUUGAAUGUUAUGAAGAACAGAAGUACACGUAUAAUUCCACUGGUGAAUGUGAUCGAAAUGAUUCAAGACAACUCAUAGACGCUGACAUCGUUCAAGCGUGUAAGGAGACGACAGGCAAUAAAUAUCAGAUUUUCAAUCUCUAUGAUUACAAAUACUACAAAAAUAUUUUCUGUUCAAUUUGUCAGACGAUGAUGUAUCCUUUCGAAGUCUAUAGAUGGAUGUGCAUCGAUAAUAUGGUUGAUGAAGACAACAAUCUCUAUCGACUUUUGGUUAAUCUGAGAGUCCAGGAUCACAACAUUGAAAGUCAAGAUAUACAGAGAGGAUGUAAUGAUACCACGUGGCAAGCACCGAAUGGAGACUGUCUUCAGUUGCAAUGUACUCCAGGCAAAGUCUUAGAAAACGGAACUUGUGUCACAGUCUUUAAAGAGAUGAAAGGUCUCAUGUAUAGAUUGAAAGCCUUAAUAGUAUUCAAAGAAUGGAACAUUACUCGUUACAAUCUGACAAUACACAAUAUGGUGCUAAUGGCAGAAAGUCAGUUAAAAAAUGACUUGCGAAACAUAAGUAAUGCAUUUGAGUAUAAAUUUGGCGUUGCUACAGACACAAACGCGUCAGUCACAGAGCAUUACCUCCCAGUCUUAUGGACGGACGUUUAUGUUCUAGCCUCGAAGAGUUUCAUCAGAGAUGACUUUGAAACAAUUGCUUUAGAGAAAUUCUUUGGGAAUGAAUCAGGAAGCACGUUUGACUAUUACAACAUAAUUAACGAGGAUCUAUCUCGUGACUGUUGCUCCGAUAAAAGCUUGAUAUUUCCGAAUGUUAAAAUUGUGAUCGGGGAUUACGAACACAUUUUUAAAGCUUCUGUUGCACAUUAUAUUCCUUUAUCGUGGACAUUGAAGUGUAGUUAUAUCAUAUUUCAACAAUCCAAUUUUACAAUAGAAUGGAACAGAACAGAUAUGUCGUGGAAUGUUUCUGUAACAGUUAAUUUUGGUGGGGCAAAGGUAAUCAUCUCGAACAUGUCUGAUCUUAGUCACAUGGAAGUGACCGGAAACGAGCUACACGUCUGCCCUGAAGUAUUGGAUAAAUACAUUCAGAAGUCUCAGAGACUUAACGAGAAAAAAACUAUUUUCAUAGCCAUGAGUGUAGUUACAUACGUCUGCUUGUGUGCAUCAGAGUUAUGUCUCUUGUUGACUUUAGUUACGUACCUUGGAUUUCCUGAACUUCGAACUGUGCCAGGUAUUAACAACAUGUUCCUCUGUUUGAGUCUUCUACUUGCCCAGCUGGUCUUGGUUCUUGCAUCAAACAUAUCUGUGCCCAGUACACUCUGUACAAGUGUUGGUCUAAUUACACAUUUUUUGUGGCUAUGGCACUUCUCUUGGAGCUUCUUGUCCAGCCUUCACAUGUUUCAAGUGUUUACAGCCAAGAUUCCAGCUCAGUCAUUGAAAGGUCGAGAAAAAAAGGUUAUUGUUGUGAAACUGACGACACUGUCACUAAUUAGCCCAGCAGCAGUUGUGUUUGCAGUUAUAAUUGCGUCAUAUAUAACAUCAAACACCAUUGGCUAUGGCCGGCAGUCUUGUUAUCUUGAUUCGUCAUACCUUAUAGGCUUUUCCAUGUUUGCUCCAAUCUGUUUAGUUUCUGCGUGUAACUUGACAUUUCUUGGUCUAACUGUUGCAAGCAUCCACAAGGUUAAUCAGCUCCUAAAUGUAGCUUCCUGUGAACUGGAUCAAUACAAAAACUGUUUACUGUAUGUCAAACUGUCCUCUGUGACUGGGAUUUACUGGCUAGUGACCAUCGUGGCUGAAGCUGUCGACAGUGAUGUCCUAUGGUUUAUUUCACUAUUGCUGAAUGGUCUUCAGGGUGUUGCUAUUUUUAUUUCUUACAUGUGCAACAAGAGAGUGUAUGGAUUGAUUUUUACCAAAACCUCCAAGACCUUGCCAAGUUUCAAUUCAUCACUUCCUCAAACUUUAACUACCAGUGAAUGAGAGUCAAUAGAGAUCAGAGCCUAGUAGGUCAAAACGUUUUCCCAAAGAUCAGAAACAAAGGGACAACAAGAUUGCGUUAUAAUUUUCAUGUCGAAGCUAGGAAUUGAAUGUGAUUUGGACUGCCUUUGAUAUCAACCCUGUAGACAUGAUUAGUUAUGUUAAGCUUUCAACGAAAUUAAAAAUAGAUUCGUUUUUA